AUGCCGGAUGAAUCAGCUGCUUUGGAGGCGCCAAAUGAUCAGGAAAAAAAGGCUCCACCACAGGUUGUAAACCUACCAAUUGGAACGAUUGUUGGCAAAAAGUAUAAGAUAACCCACAAACUCGGAGAAGGCGGUUGCGGAUCAGUGUACAAAGUGGAGGAUACUGAAGACAAGAGCCCAUAUGCGAUGAAAGUGGAAUUUGCAGCUACAGAUAGCGGAAACGUCCUUAAAAUGGAAGUUCAGGUUCUGACUCUAAUGAAGUCGAAGAAACACGUGGCAAGGUGUGUGGCUAGUGGGAAGAAGAAGGAGUACUCGUACAUGGUGAUGACUCUGUUGGGAGAGAGUUUGGACUCGAUUGUCAGGAAGCAUGGACCGUACUUGAAUGUCUCUAGUCAAGUGAGAAUUGGGAUCUGUGUUUUGUUUGGGAUCAAGCAGCUUCAUGACAUUGGCUACCUCCAUCGCGACCUAAAACCUGCUAACGUGGCAUUGGGAUAUAAGGGUUCGAGUGAUGAGCGUUUCUUCUUGGUUCUAGACUUUGGAUUGGCUCGUCAGUACAUCACAGAGAAGCAGGACGGAAAGAAAAUGCGUCGUCCUCGUGAGAAGGCCCUGUUCCGCGGUACCGCCCGUUAUUGCUCAGUGGCCAUGCACGAUCGUUACGAACAGGGACGUGUUGACGAUUUAUGGUCGUUGGUAUACAUGUUGGCCGAGUUGAGAUGCCAAUUGCCAUGGGAAGAUGUGGAUGAGAAGGACGUUAUCGGUAACAUGAAGCGUGUGUGCCCAGACUCGGAUCUCUUCGCAAAGUCCCCCGUUCAAAUGUUGGAAUUUGUGAAAAUCGUCCGAAACACUCAAUUUUAUCACCGUCCCGAAUACGAUAAAAUGUACAAACUGCUGGAGGAAGUGAUGAUAAACGCAGGCUACAAAUGGUCCGAUCUCUAUCACUGGGAAUCGGAGAAAACUAAGGAAAACAAGGUGGCGAAGUUGUCCAAGUUGUUUGUCGGAAAGAAAGGUGCUACCACUCCAACCAAGGAUAGUGCAGAGGGUUACGAUCCAAAUGCGCCACCCUACUUCACUGUUGAGGACUUUAUCAGCAAUCCACUUGGAUUUUAG